GAAAGUCAGACACUUAAACUCCAUCUCUCUGUCUCUGUCUCUGCACUUGUUGAUAUCCACUCAAAGGCUCUUUCUGAAAAUUGAUUCAUGGGGGUUGAUAUCAGCAAUGUUGCUUUAAUGGAUCACACAUUUGGGAAACUACCAGGUCAUCUAUUGAUGGAAAUAUUUUUCCGUGUGCCGGUGUCACAAUGGGUUCAUAUAGCAUGUGUUAAGCAACAUUGGGCUAAUCUAUUCCGAGGUGAGUGUUUAUGGAAAUCUGCUCUUUUGAAGACAUGGCCUUUAGCUGAUCAAGGGGAUCAAUGGCCUGGUCUUAUUCCUCGAGGAUCUAAUAAGAGGAGGUAUGAAGCUUUGUACGUUAGCAAACACAUAUUUGGAUUUGACGGUGAGAUUGAUGAGAUUAUGGGACACACUUAUUUGUUUCUAAAAGAACAGCUUGAACUUUCAGUAACGCCUCCUGCUUCAGGAAUACUUCACGAAACAAUAAUCGAUCAGUUCAUCGCUUGCGGAAAAUCAAGGGAUAAAGCACAUGAGCUUGCCUCACAAAUCUGGCUAGCAGUUAUUGACAAUUUGGAUGAAAGUGAGCAAACAUUUCUUUUGCUUAGGCAUCUUGCUCAGGAGGGAGAUGUUUUUCUUCCUUACCCGUACUCGCGACCGUACAAAGUUCAAUGGAGGAUAUUUGAGAAGCUUUUUACAGAUUUUCGAGAUUGCUUGAACGGAAUGGACUACUACGACAUAUUGGCUUGUGCUAAGUUAAGGUUUCAGCCAAUCCCAUCUGCUUGGUUAGGUUACUGAACAUUUUAUAUUUUGUGCAUGACUGUUGAUAAAAAACUCAUCUGCAAGUAUGUAAGUGUAUGAUAAAUACUGUAUAGUUAUGAUGUAAUUGCAUAUAGUUACCUUGUAAACAGUUGCCGAGUUUGCUUGCUUCUUUA